UAGUAUUUGAACUUUCCUAUAAAAACUAUCUGUUUUUUAUUGCUGGCUUAGUUUGCUUAACUAAAAUGAUACGGGCAAGCUUGGGCAUUAUUUUUUUGCUGACCGCCGAGGGCUUAAAUUUUGGCUUCAACCAGUACACGGUCUCCAUUGUGUCCUUUGGUCAGUCAAACGAAACUGGGGUGUGGGAUAUCAGCACUAUUCGUUUGAUGGGCCGUGAACGGUUGGUAAACGGAACAGUCACCCUGCACGAAGACAUGGAUAAUUCGCACUGGAGUUUUUCGAUGGACAUGUAUUUCGAUGCCGACCGUAAUGGCAACUACAAGCUGAUGCCCUUCAACGUUCCAAAGAUGCCUGUAUGCGACGCGUACAAAAACUAUCGAAAGUACUUCGCGAAACAAGCGAAAGUCGGAAAGCAAACCGAUUUUCCAUUCCACAUGGAUGUCUGUCCGAUUCCAAAGGGCACUUACUUUCUGAAGGGCAUUUCUUUGAACGCCGACGGUUUUCCACCGAUGGUGCAGAGGGGCUAUGCCCGGGGCGAUGGAGCCUUUUACUACGAUGACGUCCACGUUGGAAACUAUACCAUCACGGUGCUUUUGGAGGAUAAGCAGUGAAGUGGGAAAGUUACACUUGUGGUUUAAGCAAUGUAAUAACAAUCCCAACGCAAUGCCAAGUUUUGAUUGAUUUCUAAAAAGCUAAACAUAGAUUGUUUCAACUAAGACAUAUUAACAUUGUGGUCAAUACGUUAUUAAA